AUGCGAUUCCUGUACAGAAAAGAGUUCCAAAACUCUUUUCUGUACAUGGUGACCCUUCGAUUAUCGAACCAAGCUUCAUCUCAUCAUACAGUCGAAAACAAUCAGAAUGCACAUCGGACUGGCGAGGAGCCAUAUCCGACAUGUUCUCGAGGAAGUCGACGAGCUGAGCGAUGA